ACACCAGCAUGCGCCGGACGUGGCAGCCGUACGACAGUUAACUGCAUUUCGAAACAUUCUUUACAUUGAGCAAGGAACCUAUCUGCGGAUGUAUUUCUGAGGAUGUGAGCUUCCUAUUUAUUAAGACCUGUUGGUAUUUUAGCAACAUGUGGAGAAAUGUGCAGAGCAGCGUGAAGUAGAGACUCUGAGCUACCUGAGCCCGACACAUACGGUGCACACAGACGUGUCCAGAUGUUUGAGUCCAGGCCGGUUCACAGUGCCGUGAACGGGACGACAGCCAUCCCGUGGAGGAGCAGCAGGAGGAGGCUGACGCUGCUGGAGCAGCUGAGGGGCUCUCAGGAGGCCUGGUGCCCCGCGGGCCCCUGGGAUAGAGAGGGGGCCCACGCUGCUAUCUGUGGAACACCUGCUGGGAGUUUCCUGGUUGUGCGGGACUCUGCGACGUCUCUGCCCAACGUGCUGUGUGUGUCUGCUGGAGGAGGGAAUGAAACAGUUGAUUAUAACAUCAAAAGCACAGGCACAGUCUUCCAGCUGUCUGAGUCUCGUCUUUCGUUCUCCGACGUGACUCAGCUGGUGCUCUUCUACUCUCUGACUCGGGAUGUGUUGGCUGUCUGUCUUUACAUUCCUCACUGGAUCUACAGCGUAACCGAGCAGACCAGAGAUCGUCUCCGUCAGCUUGAACCCAACACGUGGCUCUGCACACCGCCGGACCAACAGACUGAUGACAUGACCCAGAGGGAGCCAAGCAACGUGAUGUGCUCCAUACAGCUGACUUCCACCAACGGGGCCUUGUGUAUCAUCAAUCCUCUCUACCUCCGUGAACAUGGAGAUGAGUGGCUCACCCACAGGGCGACCGCUGCACCGUGCGCCACGCAGCCGUCAGCUUACAGACGAGAGCGACGCCUCAGCACCACCAGAGCAUGGGCGGGGGCGGGGUUACAAAACAAACGAGCCCUCUCGAUGGACCAGGAACCCUCUGCUGCCGAUUUGGGGACUUCUGGUCUGAUCAGAGCCUUCUCAGCUGAUUCACCACAUGGCCCCACGUCAACACCAGAGGCUCCAGCAGGUGUGGUUCUCAGGAGGCCCAGCAGAGACUGCAGCCCCCCUCACAGAGCGAGCUCGGGGAGCCUCACUCCAUCUACUCCCUCCACCCCUGGAAGUUCAAAUAGAGCAUCGCUCGAGCUGACGCAGCACGGCAGCCCAGUGCCUCAGUCUCCUCACAGGGUGUCCUGGAUCGAAGAUGGAGUCUGGCUGCCCCCACCCAGGCCCUCCUCUUUGCUCCAUCCGCCGUCGCUGGAGCUCGACUCACUGUCAAUCAGCAGCAUAGAGGAAGAGCAGGAGUACCAUGUAUGCAGCUCUACCUCGCUCUACCCGUCGGCGCACCGGUUGGCCGACAAGGUCAUACACCGCCUCUCAGCGGUGGGUCAGGCUCUCGGCGGCCUGGUGAGUCAGAAGAAGAGACUAACCAAUCGCGUGAAUGAGCUGAGCGAGCGGAAAGGUGCGGCGUUUGCGGAGGCUGUGAAAGGAUUUGUGGAGAUGACCCUGAAGAAAGGGGGGGAUCCCGGCGAGGUCACGGGGUCAGAGUACUUACAGGAAGUGAGGUCAUCGCUCUCGUCACUGAGGGAGACACUGUUGGACUAUCCAGAAAUCCAGGCGCUGUUGGACAGCAUCACUGACUUCAACGACUCGGAGAUCGACUCCCUGGUGGAGCUUUCCCUCCACAAGGUGGCUCUGAAGCCCGUCUCCGCACACCUCUACUGCUGCAUUAAUGUUGCCAGGACUAAUGACGGCAGCUUCGAGCGUCUGCAGAGCAACCUGCAUGUGCUGGAAAAGAACGGGGCGGAGGAGCUCGGGGGGUCGUCGGGAGUCGGAGUUCCCGACUCGGUCACCCUGGAGAGGAUCCAGCAGAGGUGGACCAGCAUGCAUGAGGCCUACUCCCCGAACAAGAAGGUCCACAUCCUGCUCAAAGUCUGCAAGAGCAUCUAUCACAGCAUGAGUGCUAAUGCUAGCUCAGGCAAAGUGUUCGGAGCAGAUGAUUUCCUGCCCUGCCUGACGUGGGUGCUGCUCCGUAGCGACGUGGUCACUUUACACGUGGACACCGACUACAUGAUGGAGCUGCUGGACCCCACGCAGCUACAGGGAGAGGGUGGCUACUACCUUACAACUCUAUACGCCUCUCUUUACUACAUCAGCAGCUUCCAGCCACGGUUGGCUGCACGCCAGCUCAGUGUCGAAGCCCAAAACUCUCUUAACCAAUGGCAUCGCAGGCGCACACUGCACUGCAACCAAUCACGCCGCAGCGAGAACAGACGGACCAUUCGCAGGCAGACGUGUCGGGACAAGCGCGAGCAGAACUCUGAGAAGAGGAAAGAAGAGGAAAGUGAGAGAGAAGGCGAUUCUGUUAAUAAUGAGUCACAGCAGCAGACAGAAAGCACCGCAGAGGCUCUGCAGCCGCUGCAGGAGGAGACGAGCGGAGAGCGAGGAGCGCAGGACGCAUCACAGGACGCAUCACAGGACGCAUCACAGGACGCAUCACAGGACGCAUCACAGGACGCAUCACAGGUGUGCACUGCAGCAUCGGACUGUCAUCAGGAAGACACGACCAGGAGCAAACAGGAAGGAGAGGACCACACAGUCUUGUAAAGGAGAGAAGACCUGAGGUGUCACAAUACCGUAAAAUGUUGCAACGCACCGACACACACAUAUUUUAUACGAAAGUUAUUAAAGUUCAUGUUUGGAGGCGAUUUUAGAUUUUAUAAGGAAUAUUUUUAUAUUAACUUAAACUAACAUGUUUUAUUUGUAAAUAUAUUCACAUGAACAAGAGUUCAGUAAUAAAACCAACACACAGUUGUGGGUGUGCGGCUUUGCUAGCAGCUCUCGUGUAUUAUUAAUAUUCUUAUCUUUGCAGGUUAUUUAACAGAACAGAGUCCGGAGCAGGAGAGUGAAUGUUGUAAUGAACAGAAGCACGACUCCCAAUGAUGCUCAUGUUGCGCCGUAUGUUCUGCGUGCAUCAGUCGACGGCUGUCUGUAAUGUUAACGUGUUAUUAACCCCAACACAUUCCUUAUGUCAUCUCUGCGUGAUGUCAUUCUGACCCCAACGCUGCUGUAAAUGAACAAAUAAAGAUAAAAUAAUCCGAA